AUGUCCGCAGAGCAUAAGAUCGCUGAAUUGGCUGAAAAGGAGGCCGAACCUCAACAAGCUAGCCCACUACACACCGUUGGUUUCGACGCUAGAUUCCCAAACCAAAACCAAACUAAACAUUGCUGGCAAUCAUACGUGGAUUACCACAAGUGCGUCAAUGUGAAGGGUGAAGAUUUUGCUCCAUGCAAAGUUUUCUUCAGAACCUUCUCUUCUCUAUGUCCAGUUGACUGGGUUGACAAAUGGGAUGAACAAAGAAGCAAAGGUAUUUUCCCAGGUGACAUAAACCCAUAA